AUGGAGCUACAUCGCUGUCGCUUCGUCCCUUAUAACCCUUCAGCAAUCAACGCACUCGAAUUCUCGCACCCCCCGUCCUCCAAAGCCGCCGGUCAAGGCGCGCAAACUCUUCGUCUCGCCGUCGGUCGAGCAAACGGUGACAUUGAGAUCUGGAACCCAUUACGCGGCGCCUGGUUUCAGGAGACAAUCAUCCGUGGCGGUAAAGGUCGGAGUAUCGAGGGACUUGCAUGGACAUUGGACCCGUCUGAAGAUGCGCCUGAUGGGAGUGGAAUGAGAUUACCGGGUCAUCUACGUCUAUUCAGUAUCGGAUAUACAAAUACAGUGACGGAAUGGGAUUUGGAAAAAGGGAAACCGGCUAGACAUUCGAGUGGUAGUUAUGGCGAGAUUUGGUGUCUUACUGCUCAGCCGAGAUGGACAGCUGAGAAGAGUAGUACUACUGGUCCUGCGGACGGAGAGUAUACAGGUCAACAUCUUGCUAUUGGAUGUGCGGAUGGGUCGAUUGUGAUUUUGUCUACGGCCGAUAAUGAUUUGAGAUUUGUCAGGAGGUUGAAUGCCUCUGUUACCAAGAAUGUGCGCGUACUCAGUAUCACGUUCCAAAAUCGACAUGUGCUCGCUGCGGGUUAUGCGGAUAGUUCAAUUCGACUGUUUGAUAUUCGAAACGGACGUCUUUUGCGAACUGUAUCGCUGGGUCGCGGACCCGUUGGUGGACCGAAGGAUAUUUUGGUUUGGAGCGUCAAGUCCUUACCUGACGGCACCCUGGUGUCAGGUGAUUCAACUGGUGAAAUUCGAUUCUGGGAUGCAAAGAAUUAUUCCCUUGUUCAAAGACUAAGGGGCCAUCAGGCGGAUGUCCUAGAUGUUGCGGUUAGUAUUGACGGGGAAACCGUCGUGAGUGGUGGAGCGGAUCGAAGGACGGUGCUGUAUCGCUUGAAACCUGGUAAGAAGAAUGAUAAAUCGCGUCGAUGGGCGGAAGUUAUGCAUCGGCGAUAUCAUACGCAUGAUGUAAAGAAGUUUGCUGUUUAUGAGUCUAAGGAUAUGAGUAUUGCGGUUUCUGGAGGACCCGAUGCAUCCCUCGUCGUUCUACCCUUGCGUGAAUCUGGAAAAGAGCAUCACAGGACACUUUCCAGUCUCCCUCAGAUUUGUCAACUUGCAUCCGGCUCAUCGUCCCGGUUCAUGAUGAGUUUUUGGGAGAGAGAAGUUAGAAUAUGGAAGAUCGCGCCUGAGAGUGGAGCAGAUGCGGAAAGCCAGAGGAAUCAGUUUGUUGGUAGAGUGUUGAUCCCAGGAGACGAAAAUAUCACAUCAGCUACGUUAUCCACCGAUGGAAGUCUUCUCGUGUUGUCUACAAUGACCACGAUCAGAAUGUUCAGUCUUUCCGAAAGCGAAGGCCACGACGAAGAAAAUAUACUGCAAAUCAAAGAUCUCAAACUCCCUCGCCAGGUAACAGACGAUGGAGCCCGCACAAUAUUUUUGUCGCCCGAUUCUCGAUGGCUCUCAAUUAUUCGGCCGGGUAAUGAGAUAUACCUCGCAAAACUGUCCGUUAUAGACACCAACUCAGAUAAGGACGUGCAAGUCCAUUCGAAACUUGUACGCCUGCAACGAUCAUCUGGCCGGACACAGUCGUUACGUGGAAUCAAUCAAGGUACCCUUGGAGAAUACGACCGGACCAUUCGCGCAGUUACGUUUUCGAGCGAUAGUAAACUCUUUGCAACUGGCGAUCUGGCUGGUUAUGUCGAUUCUUGGAUUCUUGAACACGUCAAUGAGCAGUCGAAUAAGAAAACACCCAAUGGAACCACGUUGUCAGACGAUGACUCCUCCGACGAUGAAGACAACGUUGAAGAGAUCAUCGACGACCAAUACUGGAGACCCCUCUCAUUAAUGCCUUGCCUCCACUCUGGCAUAAUAUUCAUGUCCUUCCGCCCAUCCAUCAAAACAUCAAAAUCCAUCGAAGACCGUCUCCUAGUUCUCACCAGCAAACACCAACUAACAGAAUAUGAAGUCCUCGCCGGCAAAUUCUCCGAAUGGUCUCAACGAAACCCCAAAUCGUGCCUACCCGAGGAAUUCAUCGGUCUCAAAGAUCGCGCUACUGGUGGUGUUUGCGGUUUGUUCCAGCGUUCGCCAAAGCUACUCCUUUACGGACCGUCAUGGAUGUGGAUGUUUGAUUUGACGCAUGAUUUCCCAUCACAAUCUGCUGAUGUCGAUGAUAUCAGGAAGGGAUUCGGCACUUCAGCAGUAGACCUCGUCCAAACAGCAAAACGUAAGCGUGAGACCAACGACAAUGAAGACUUGGAAGAUGCCCACGGCGAUGAGAACGAACACUUGCGAAGAAGAUAUAACAGUGGAGCUGGAGACCUAAUCCCCAAAUCUCAGGCAACGGUUUCUAUGGGCACGAAAAUGCGCAAAAUCAUGGGUGGUGACAAUAAGAAUAAUAACAAGCAGUCGCAAUGGAUUGACGUUGAGAAACAUCGGAUCCAUCACAAUGGCGACAAUGAAGAUGACGAAGAUUCUCACCCAUUUUUCGCUAAUGGAGAACCAGAUUUCGCACGUCUACGUCGUCAAAUCGCUAACAAUCAUACCAUCAACGAAGAAGAACCACAAGCCGGAACACCGCAAAAACCAACAGACGGUGCCUCAUUCGCAGUCGUCAUAAACCAAAAAACCCCUCAAAAAUCUACCCCUCAACAACCCGCACAUGAACCAGAGACAAAAACAGCGACGAUAUUCUGGCAUUCAUACAAAUUCCGCGAUAUUCUAGGCAUGUUACCGCUCGGACAUUCUUCUCAGUCUACGAUGACAGCAAAGGAUGCCGUGGAAUUAGCUGUUGUCGAAAGACCGAUGUGGGAUAUGGAGUUGGGUGAGCGAUAUGUCAAGGAUUAUGAGUAAUCUUUUACCUCUUUCCAAGAAAUGGGAGGUG